AUGGAAAUGGCAAUGGCAAAAACAGAAGUGAGCAAUCGAAGGCGUGCAGUAUGUGUAGUGGGAGGUGACAUGGAAAUGGCAAUGGCAAAAACAGAAGUGAGCAGUCGAAGGCGUCCAGUAUGUGUAGUGGGAGGUGACAUCCCUGAGGCAAUAUGUGUAAAGCGUAGACGAAGAAAUACAGCUGCUUCGACUACACCUGCUUGCGCUCUUCAACAGAUACAGGUUGAUCCAAUUUGUACCCCAACAACUGUCAAAAGAAGCUCAAGAUUUCGAGGUGUCAGCAAGCAUCGAUGGACAGGUCGAUAUGAAGCACACUUGUGGGAUAAACUCUCAUGGAAUGUAACUCAGAAGAAAAAGGGAAAACAAGGGGCUUAUGAUGAUGAGGAAGCUGCAGCAAGAGCGUAUGAUUUAGCUGCACUAAAGUAUUGGGGGACAUCAACCUUUACCAAUUUUCCGAUCUCUGAUUACGAGAAAGAACUUGAAUUUAUGCCGACUGUCACAAAGGAAGAGUACCUAGCCUCACUAAGGAGAAAGAGUAGUGGUUUUUCAAGAGGAGUAUCCAAGUACAGAGGAGUUGCUAGACACCAUCACAAUGGAAGAUGGGAAGCAAGGAUAGGGAGAGUUUUUGGAAAUAAAUACCUCUACCUUGGCACUUAUGGUACCCAAGAGGAGGCAGCUCGAGCAUACGACAUUGCAGCAAUUGAAUACAGAGGAAUCAAUGCUGUCACAAACUUCGACCUGAGUAACUACAUUAGAUGGUUGAAGCCAGAAACAAACACUUGUGUUCCUGCUCAAGAAACAAAGCCAAAUAUAGAGUCUCAGCCAGUUUUUUCAACUUUCCACUCACAAAUAAAAGCUGUGAGUCUUGAUGACAAGAGCAAACAAGAUAUGUUCAGAAGAAAAAUCCCGGUUACCUCAUCCUCGACUCCCACAGCACUUGGUCUACUACUCCAGUCUUCUCUAUUUAGAGAACUUGUUGAGAAGAAUGUACAUGUAUCAGAAGAAGAAAGUGAUGGUGAAAACACAAAGGAUUUGCCCCCGGUGAGUAGCUACGAUGAAUAUGGGGGGAUCCUUUAUGACUUGCCUGGGGUCGAGUUGCAACAAGACCUCCAUUUCAACUAUGAUAGUACAAACAUAUUUGGGAGCAAUAUCAUAAACAUGGCCACAAUCUGCUAA